AUGGCAAAAGGCGUAAUCUCAGAUGAAGAAGACGACGUCGAGCUCGACGAGGAAGAGAGGGAACCUGUUGAUGGGGACGAAUUGGAAGAGGGUCGCGAUGUGGAUAACGAAGAUGAGGAUGAGGAAGAGGUGGUGGUGGCGCUUUUGGCUUUGUUAGAAAAUCUGGGUAUCAAACUAGGGUUUGCUUUUGUUGGGCUGUUUGAUGUGAGUGAGAGAUUUACAUGUGGUAAAUGCAGAACGACUCUCUUUGUUAGGGAGGAGUAUGUCCUUGAUGAAGAUGAUUAUGAGUUGCUGGAGGACAAUAAUAUCAAUAUUCGGAAGGAGAGCAAAAAGUUCAAGCGGCUGAAAAAAGGUCGGAGGGACACUGAGGAGGAGCCCUCUGGGCUUUCUGAUGAGGAGGAGUUUGUUGGAAGUGGAGCUCCACUUGAAGACAUUGCUGAAGAGGAGGAACAAGGAGAAGAGGAAGAGGAUGCUGACAUUGGAGAAGAUGAUGAAAUGGCUGACUUCAUUGUGGAUGAAGAAGAAGUUGAUGAGAAUGGAGCUCCCAUGAGGCAGAGGAAGCUGAAGAAAAAGAAAACAAGGCAGGCUCCAGGAGUUUCUUCCUCAGCUCUACAAGAAGCUCAAGAAUUAUUUGGUGAUCCAGAUGAGUUGAUUCUGAAUCGUCAGAAAAAUCUUGAAAUGAGUGAAUACAGAGAGACUAGACUUGAAGAUGAAUUUGAGCCUAUUGUUCUUUCUGAGAAAUAUAUGACAGAGCAGGAUGACCAAAUUAGGGAGCUUGAUAUUCCUGAGAGAAUGCAGAUAUCAGAGGAGAGUACUGGUGCUCCUCCAUUGGAUGGCAGUAGUAUAGAUGAAGAGAGUCAAUGGAUAGUUAAUCAACUUGGCAAUGGAGCAGUCCCUUGGAUUUACAAGAAGGUCUCAAACUCACAAAACAAUGAAAAGGAUGACCUACCAAUCGACAAGGAUGAUAUUAUCAGAUUUUUGGAACUUCAUCAUGUGCAAAAGUUAGAUAUUCCUUUCAUUGCUAUGUAUCGGAAGGAGGAAUGCUUAAGCCUAUUAAAAGACCUGGAGCAGCCUGAAGCUAGUGACGAGAAUGACAAGACGCCUACUCUGAAAUGGCACAAGGUUCUUUGGGCUCUUCAGGACUUGGACAAGAAGUGGUUGCUUCUUCAGAAGCGGAAGAGUGCCCUCCAGUCAUACUAUAGUAAACGGUUCGAAGAAGAAUCCCGUCGCGUGUAUGAUGAAACAAGACUAAACUUGAAUCGCCAAUUGUUUGAAUCAAAGCAGUCUGAGAGGGAGGUUGAUGAUGUUGAUUCCAAGUUCAACUUGCAUUUCCCACCAGGUGAAGCUGGUGUUGAUGAAGGACAAUACAAGAGGCCGAAAAGAAAGUCCAUGUAUAGCACUUUCAGUAAGGCAGGUCUAUGGGAGGUUGCGAGAAGGUUUGGGUGUAGUCCCGAGCAACUUGGAUUAUGUCUAACUGUAGUUAACCUUCAAGAGUUGGAAGAUCCAAAAGAAACACCAGAGGAGAUGGCUUCUAACUUCACAUGUGCUAUGUAUGAUACUCCUGAAGAAGUACUUAAAUGUGCCAGGCACAUGGCAGCUGUUGAGAUAAGUUGUGAACCUAGCAUUAGAAAGCAUGUUCGUAGCCACUUUCUUGACCAUGCAGUUGUGUCAACUUGUCCUACUGCUGAUGGAAAUACAACGAUAGAUUCUUUCCAUCAGUUUGCUGGGGUGAAGUGGCUACGGGAGAAGCCUUUGUCUAAGUUUGAAGAUAUGCAAUGGCUCCUUAUACGUAAGGCAGAAGAGGAGAAACUCAUUCAAGUUACUAUUAAGUUGCCCGAGGAGUAUCUGAAUAAGUUGAUAGACCAAUUCAAUGAGUAUUAUAUUAGUGACAGUGUUAGCAGAUCUGCUCAACUGUGGAAUGAACAAAGGAAGUUGAUACUGCAUGAUGCUAUUUUUCGAUUCCUUUUACCAUCAAUGGAAAAAGAGGCAAGAGGUGUAUUGGCAAGUAAAGCAAAAAGUUGGUUACUUAUUGAAUAUGGGAAGGCAUUAUGGAAUAAGGUUUCUGUUGGACCUUAUCAACAGAAGGAAAAUGAUCUUGGCUCAGAUGAUGAGGCUGCUCCUAGGGUUAUGGCAUGCUGUUGGGGACCUGGAAAGCCACAGACAACUUUUGUCAUGUUAGAUUCAUCAGGAGAAGUGCUAGAUGUGCUUUACACUGGUUCCCUUACUUUUAGGUCACAGAAUGUUAAUGACCAACAACGGAAGAAGAAUGAUCAGGAACGAGUGUUGAAGUUUAUGACUGAUCACCAACCACAUGUUGUUGUUUUAGGUGCAGUUAACUUGUCUUGCACCCGUUUGAAAGACGAUAUAUACCAGGUUAGCAUCUUGGUUUCUAUGUCGUGUGUUGAUGAAAUGGACUGGAGGAUGUAA